UCUGCCCAACCAUCCAGAGGCACUGAUGAUGUAUUUACCCUGCCUCUUUGUGGCUCUGCUAUUCCAAAUCUUCUCCAGCACAGCACAGAUGCCAGUAGAAGUCAAUACCUUCUGGAGGAGAUGCCAGCAGGAGCACUGCCUUCCCACCAACCCCAACAGAUUCAUAGUGCAGACCAUGAAAUCACUGCUCUGCCAUCUUGAGUAUGAGGAUGUGGUGUCUGAAGUUGAACAUGAGUGUGGCUGGGACACAUUCCUCAACAUUGACAAUCACCAGUAUGCAGUGGGUCUGCUGGCCAGAGCAAUGCUCAGGGUCUCACAGUGCUUGUGUUACCGGAUUGCACGCUACCUGUUCAGGCUGCUCCGCAGAGAGGAGGCUCGCUGGGAAGUCUCUGCCAUGGCAUUCUUUGUUGAGCUCCUGCCUUGCCUAAACUUAGAUAAAUGGGAUGAACGUAUCCUGCAGCUUGUCCCAAUCUACCUCAGGAGAGAUUGCAGAGAGAUGCGUCUCCUGCUGCUCAGAUGCCUCCUAUUGCUCUGCAAGAGACCCUCUAUGGCCAACUCAAUCGUGGCCCUGACUGAAAGCUUCACAGAGGUACUGAAGGAUAAGGAUGGAGAGCUGGUGGGCAUGACCCUUUCUGUGCUCAGCGAGGUGCUCCGGGAUGCAGAUGUGUCAAUUGUCAGUUCCAUUGCUGUGCAGCUGGCUGAGGCACUCCUGCCUCUAUUUGAUAAUGACACUAGUGAUGUGCAGCUCCUCUCCAUUCACCUCUUUCAAGUGCUAAUGGAGUUGUUACCAGAAGAGGAAAAAAAACUCCUGGAGAAGAAUGUGCACCAGAGCCUGUUACCGCUCUUCUUUCACAUGUAUGAUGAGAACCAGUGUGUGGUGCAGGCCUCUUGGGAAACCCUGCUUCAAGCAACAAAGUUCCUGAAGAAGUGGAAUCUUGAGGAGUUGCUGAAGACAGAAGAGAUGUGGAGGUUCGGCGAGUGCCUGCUGGCAGAGGACAGAAGCAGAGCAGACGAGUACCUGCGCCAGUCCGUGUCAUACCUGCAUAGCCCACAGAAGUCCAUACGGGAGGCAGCCAUCAGGCUCACUGCACGUCAAGGCACGACAAAUAACUUUAGCAUCUCCAUCUCAAACCUCGCAACUCAAACCCUGCACUUUCUAAGAGCUGUAGAGAGACAUCCUUCCUUCAGAUUCAGGCUGCCGCAAAACCAGCUCUGCAUGGCGUGGAGGAGGCGGCCCUCUCUCUUGGACAAUGGCUGGCCUUCUGUCUGCUACAGUGGUCAGCCACACUGCUGGAGGUCUCUGCAGAGCUAAUCCUGGGAGCUCUGUCUGCUGGGGCCACCUGAGUGUGCAGGAAAUACUAGGUGGCUUCUGGCCUCUCCCGACCCACAGGACAACUCUUCUCUAAGACCAUUUUUCUUUAUGUCUUUUAAGGAAAGUUCUUUUAUGCAAAUAUCGGCACUAGUUCAGGACCUUUUAUCUCAGGCUCCUGCCAUCCAGAGCCCACUUUGCAGCUUGCACUGCAGCUGCACACUGACCUAUCUGCACUGAAUGUACUCCUCAACAGUCCUAACUUUGUUUUAAUUGAGCAUACCAGGUAAUACAUUGAAAGGGACAAAAGGAAAGUUUCAAGGCACUUAACCACUGCCCUAACAUCAACAUUAUAACAAGUAACAAACUUAACACAAUUAAGGGCAGAAAUGAUUAUCAGUAUAAAAUCACACAGGAUUCUCAGAAGUCU